GGCCCUUUGUGUUGAGUCGUGUAAUUUAAUUUUCCCGACCCCCGCUAGUAUUAAGUCAGUUGAUCAUUUUUCGACCGGUCGCCUGAAAAAAAGUGGGUACAUAACGUAAUCUUCCGCAGUGUUUACGACGGUCAGUUACGUCUCUGUAUGUCUCUACUCUGUGGUCCAGACGAAGGGCCUAAUUCGCUCGAAACGUCGAAAUUCUCCUUAUUUUCUCCAGGAGUCAGGACCCAAGUUGCAUCCCUAGUCCCAACCAACGAAAGCUUGUUGUACAGUAAUAUUAAAGUUUAAUUGUUAUUUUAUUUGUUUCAAGGAAUUUCCACUUCAAAUCCCAAACGCCAUAAAACCGCAAGCUAUCAGUAAUACGUCCAGUCACUGUGUCUUUUCUGUUAAAUUUAAGAUGAUAUCGACAACAAGGCCGAGAAUUGGUUGGACUUGUAGUUUCUAAAGUGUAUUUGUAUAAAUUAAAGGUCUUAUAGACAUAGACAGUAAACAGCCUAAAUGUGGUAUGAUAAUUUUGGCAGACGACUCCAUGCUGUGUUGUCAUGUCGCGAGAAAUCUAUAUAUGUUUGUGAUUAAUAAUUUAUUUAUAUUGAGGUUUGAGCAAUUUAGACCAAUUACAAGCGGCAAAGGCAAAGUUCACGUCUUUAAUAAUUCGAAUAUUUCGACGCAGGAACAUAACAACGGCCUCGUCACCAAUUCGUGCUACUCCUGACGUGCUCUUGCCGAACACUCUUUCAGUUUUAGUUAAUUUUAGUUGUACAAUCUUAGAACCAUUAAAAGCCACUUGACUCGCUCUUGCCAACCGGAAUAACGACUAAAGGUGGUGAAUCAUAACUCAUAAUAAAACAUUUCGUUCUUGCCCAGACUAGUAGACCGUACAUACAUGAUAAAUUAAUUAUUCCUAUAUAAUAAUAAUUCCAGACAACAAUAGUCAAUGCGGUUAACUUAUGAACACAAUCAAUAUACAAAUAUAAUGAGAUGCUAGAAAAUUUGAGAAAAAUAAUUAGUGUCAAAAUAUGACAAAUGAAAGUAAAUCAUAUCACAUUAUAAUCUCCACACCCAGAAUUUUAGCCAGAUCGACAUGAUCAUUUUCAGAAUUAAGAAACUCAAUCUACUAUAGUCUAUAAAUAUCAAUGGCAUCCAAAAUUUUUUUAAUAUCAGUACGUGCUCCAUCUUUAAACUCGAACUAUAUUGAUGCAGUUUCGCUGUGCCAUGCGUAAAGUCAGCGAAAAUGACGCACAUUGGCACUUAAAACUGUAAGGAUGCCACGAGCAUAAUGACAAGAAAUGCGUCAUUACAUAUUUGUUCGAACAUUGACGUCAGAGACUCAUCCGGUGACUGCUUAAAAGUCUAGCUCAGAAGUCUUGCGAAGUUUUUGUUUCAAUGACAUGUUAGAAUCAAGUCGUUCACGAUCACAAAAUAACUUGUUGUUGUAUGGCUAUUAUCACAAUAGACUAUUUCGUCUAGGAGUGAACUUAACUUGUGGCAAAUAAUAGAUAUAUAUCAUCUAUGGUCGAGUUGAAGUGAAGUUGACUCGUAUUUAUAAGCAAGUUAUUGUCAAUUAUUUUAUCGGAAGCUACACAAUGAAUGUACUUUAUCCGUCCUUCGCAUUAUUAUUUGGUUUUCUUUCUGUCCUUACCAAUGGCUUAUCGUGUUUGGUAUUUUAUCGUAACCUAACACUAACAUUUGGCAGCCCAAUCAUAUAUUACUUUGUCACGCUGACUUGUAUGUACUUCGUGAAAGGUAUUGUGACAGUUUGCUGGUCCGUAUCUGCUUUGUUUAAGUCGGGAGAUGAACAACUGUUCUUCAAGAUUGGUCGCUAUGCUUACUGGACAACGGCAUUGUCUUUAUUCCUCACGCUGCUCGCAAUGGUCGUCGAAAGGUACAUGAAUACAUGUUCGCUUAAGCGGCUGCAAUGGCUUCGGGCAAGGAAAAAAGUUUACACAUAUUUUUGUCUAAUUAUUGUCGUCUUUUCCCUCAUUUGUGGACUGUUGGUUGCAAUUGAGAACACGGGCCAUUACGUGGAAUUUUUCAUAUGUGUGGUUGCUGAAAUCGCAUUUACCCUAACAAUAUUUUUUUAUGUUCGCCUCUGGUUGAAACAACGUUCACAUGAUGAGGAAACCACACGUCGGGAAGCAGCAAUCCACAUCACAAGCAGGUGUAAAAGUCAGUUUGAUGGUAACAAAAGACUAAACGUUAUAGUACUUUGCUAUGUUAUUGCAACGCUGGUAACCGUUCUGCCUUUCUUUGUCGCUUUUCAAGCAAAGUUGGUAUACAUCUUGUUUCAUGAGAACUCUGAUAGUAACGGUCACCUGAUGAAGUUAUUGGAGAUUUAUCCAAUGUUUACAUGCCUAAAUUAUGGAUUGACUCCACUGUUUUAUCUCUUUGUUUUACCGCGAUACAGAAAAUCACUUCUGAUGCUCUUAACAUGUCGAGAUGCACGCCAGGUUGCUCUGGCCGGCAACGCACACGACUCGGAAGAAACGACCUCUUGUGCUGAUCUGGUUUAGAAUGACGCUUUGAGGCCCAGAUCAUGAUUGUGCAAGGAUGCUGGUUGCCCAUACUUGGGCCGGGCUUUGGCUCAGAAAGUACGCAAUUCACAAACUUGCUAUAGACUUGCUACAAGCUAUAGGUGACUCGAACGAUGUUUAUGUUUAUUAAUUAUGCGACUGCAGUCAUGAUUUGUCUUGCCAGAGCUGCAGGAGUAAAAUUUCGACCCGCGCUUUAAGAAAGUUGCACCCCGCGCAAUGCGAGUUCAACAAGUAUAGAAAUAAUGCGAGUUCAACAAGUAGAAAAAAUGCGAGUUUUUUUUUGUAGUUGUCUGACUUUGAAGUAAAGAAUUCAGGCUUGUUGAAACCUAGCUAAUGUUGUUGACUGAACACUUUCCAACAAAUUUGAAAUAUUGUUUCCCCCCAAAAUUUAGAUUCUCAAUUGGGAUAAAUCGUAGGCCUGUGAGUCUUAUGAGCAAGACCAAGUUAACAAAAAUUCGAUGCAUGAACAAUUAAUUAAAACUAAAUAUUGAAAGUACAUUUUCGCGCAGUGAAAAAAAUCUCAGGUCAAGUUGUGUAAGUGUACUUCAUUAUCACUAUAUGUCGUAUAGUAAUCUAUAGUCAACCUUUGCAUUGUUUCUGAAACCUCGCGAAACCAUCUCCUAACAAUAAUAAAAUUUGGGUUUGGCUGUAUUGGACAUAUUGCAUGCAGUGUGCCUAUUCGUCAAAACUUGGAAAAUUAAUUGUUUUAACUAUCGUUAGACAAAAUUCGUGAAAUUUGGUCGCUUAAUCCUGCAUGGAGUCACGAUCUUUCUCAACGGCUAGUUCAUAAUGGUUUAUUGGUUUAUACCUGUAAACCACAUAUAAAUCAUAAGUAUUCUCUAGUUAUAAUCACUCCGCGUAUUUUUACUUCUAAAAUGUUGUAUUUUGGCUGAUGAGAAAGAUCGCGACUCAAUCUUUACGACUGUUACGACGGCAUACGGAACCAUGGCUGUGUCGCAGUCAGCCCGCGUUUUUAUACGCAAGGAAAAAUUUAACAUUUAGCAUUUUACGCACGGAAAAAUUUAACAUUAGUAUGAAUGCACAUUAAAUCAUUCACAAAACUAUAUGUGCUUUACUUUUAUUGAUUCAGUUAUUUCAUAAGUAACAUUUAAAGAUAUCAGUUCAACUUUUCCGUGCGUGAAAAACGCAUGACUGGAAAGCAGCCUUUGCAUGUGGAGCAGUUGUAUGCCGGUUUCGGCGCGUAUAUUUCUGUUAAUGACAUGUAAUAAGACUGAUAUAUUAAAUGUACAAAUUAUUUAUUCUGUGAAAAUCAUAUGGACAAAAACGUACGAGUAACAUAAAUAUAUUAUAGGGCGUUUUCCAUUUAUAAUGGCCUGACCGGUCAGACCCGAAUUUUUGUCUCUGUAUCAGUGGAAAGAUCUGGUCUAUAUUUCUUAAAUAUCUUGCGAAAAUGCAGGACUUCAUUCUAAUUUUAUCUAAAUUUUCCGGUCAGAUAGGUCCGAAGCCCAAACGUUUUGUGUUCCAUUCAACAUGAUUUGACCGUUAUCUGACUAGUCUGGCCGUGUUAAUGGAAAGCGCCCAUAGAGUAUUAAUAUUAAAGAAAAGUAAUUUAAUCAAAAUAACAAUUGUCAUGUGCAUAUUUUGUUAGUCUAUUGGCACAUAUUGUCAUAUUGUAGAGUAUAUAGAUUAUAGUCUAUAGACUAUAGUCAUAGAUGGGGAAAAUAUAAGAAAUUGUAGCAAUACAAAAACUAAAUUAUGGAUCAUCUUUAUACUGAAAAUUGAAUUGUUUGCGUUACAUGCCUGCUAACAUUGUUUAAUAGCUAUAUAAUAUUUAAGAAACUAAUUUGUAACUUGUUUUUUCCCCGCAAUCAAUAGCCCAGAUAUGCAUACACGUUUUGAGUAAUGUCUUAAUUUAAAUUGUAUGGGAUAUAUAUGUUGUGAAUUUAAGAACGAGUAUAAUAAUUUUGGGGCACCGAUUCACAAGAUAUAACAUAGCUAUUAGCUACAACUUGAAUCAUUCGCACAAAACGGAGUGAUGUUGUCGCAUGAGAAAUCAGUGAUAGAAACGAGACUGACUGACUGAUUGAUUGACUGACUUGCAUUAAUCUGGAGCUCAGAUCUUAGGCUUAGUUAUGUAUGUUUUGAAUGCGACUGCAUGCUUUAGUGAAAUAAAAACGACAGUGAGAUACUGAAAACGAACAAAAAACUUUACCAGAACUAGAAUUUUCGGGUUGAAUUCAGAUUUAUAGUUGUAUACAUAUUUACGUGAUCGGUGGGUUUUUUAAUCAAUUUUCUGCGGAUUUUAUUACCGCUAUUCAUCCUCACCCCCCUCCCUCCUUUGAAUGAGGAUUCGUCAAAAUAUUUAUGCAGCAAAUAGAUGCGGGGAGAGGUCUCCCCUCUUUUGCUCCUGCAUGAUGUCCACUCGUCGCCAAUACUUGCAUGUGUGAUACACUUUUUCAGUCAACGUUAACGUUGUCUGAGCUGAACAAUCACAAGUUACACGACCUCUUAUUCUUAAAAUACAAUCGUGCUUAUGAAUUCGAAUUGCCUUUUAUAUAACACUGAUCGGUUCAAAAAUACGCUCAUGCCUGCAUCAUCUAUAGUAAUCGCGGACAGUGCACGCAAUCAAAUUAUUAACAAGCUUUCGAUGCUAUAUAUAGGGAGUGCAACUUCCUGAAAUAUAUAAGGCCAGAAUUUCGACGUUUCGAGCGAAGGCCCUUUUUGUCUGGAGUUAAAGUUAAAAGUUUUAAAUUAUUGUAAACACAAUGUAACUAUAUACAGGUCAUAAAUACUGAUAUAAUUGUAUACCUAUACGAAUAGAGUCUCUGGGCUGCCACGCAGAGUUAAUUUUAAUACUGAAGUCUUGCAUAUUAUAUAUUAUAUAGCCUAUAGAUGGAAAUUAUCGAACGGAAAUAUAUAUACAUUUAUUAGACUUUCAGCUAUUAUUGAAUCGAGUGAGACGUACGCUAACAAAUUCUCUACAUCCUACCUGCAUCUAUCUACAUCUAUCACCCUGGAAGUAAAAUUCAACUGAUAAGGCCGUUUUUGCUCAUGUACUGAUAUGCUGCAUGCAGGAAGCCCACGCCGCGUAAUAACCUAUAUGAGUCAACCAAAUCAUAGUGAAUCCGUAUUAUGUCUUUAUGAGUUCGUUAAAUUUCGGUAAGACUACUUUCGUGACCUAGGCCUAUAGACUAUUUUACUUUUACAGCAGUUGUGCGAUAUUACUUUCUUAACUGCGUUUAUCCUAAUUCAGUACCAACUCCGUCAACUUUUCCUGUGGGAGGAAACCCAUGACUUUCGGCAUGAAAAUUGAGGGUGAAAUUGAUGGGGUGAAAUUGCAAAUUUGCUGAAUUUUUUAAACAUUUUCUCUUAAAUUUAAAGUUUUGCCCAAUAAUCAAUAUAUAUACCUACUAAUCACUAAGGAACACGCUACUGUAGCCUAUAUAUAUAUAGUAUACACGUGUUUUCAUGCAUUGCACUACCGAGUAUAGUAGGUUGCAUAUUAAUAUAUAUAAAAUGUUUACAUUAGCAGUAACACGGAAAACUACUGAGUACUGUCUACUGAACUAAGCGGGAACUUACUUGGUUUACUGACUUCAUGUUAUAGAAGGUUGUUUUAGCAAUAGCUUUAAAGUGACACUAUAAUUAGAUUCAUAUGAAAUGCGAAUGAAAUACAUAACUACAUUAUCGCGGCAAUGAGAAAUACGAAGUUCUGCAGGGCGUGAUUAUAAAUAAAUCACGAAAUUCGUUUGUGCAAUUCCUUGGGCUUGGGAUAGACAUAAAGUUAGUACACCAAAUAAGUUCCCGCUUUGGUGAGCCACAUUUUUAUCGAGUUGUUCCGUG